AUGGCGUCCUCUGAAGUUUACGAAGUUGUGCUGAGCGGCGGAGCUCCUUGGGGUUUUCGAUUGCAAGGAGGCAAGGAAUUUCGAGCACCUUUAAGAAUUGCAAAGGUUAGUUGUUAUAAAAUGCCUGCAAGUUUUGCAUGUCAUUUUAAUUAAACGGGCAUUUAAGUGAGUUUGGCUGCAACCUCAAGUGGUUUAACACAAAACUGCGUCCGUUUAUAUCGGAGUUGAGACAUAAACUAGACGUAUUUACUCAGGUUGGCUACUUAUUCGUGGCGCAAUAUUUUCUUUGAAAUGCCAGAUAAAUCGUUCAACUACAUCUCCAGAAUUAAAGACCUUUGCGUAGUUAUUCAUAAGAAUCUCGAAAACAGCGCGCUAGCUAUGUUUGGUAAUUCGCAAAUUUCAAAGUUGUAAGAGAUAUUCGAUACACCUUGACUGGGAUUUGACAGAUAUGAUCACAGCCUUCGCUGAAAUUUUAUCAACACUGUAAUCAUAUAUUCUGGAUAAAAGCGCUUUGUAUACUUCUUCUCCUCAAGUUUAGUAGUCUCAAUUGCCGUUGCUUAGAGCAGCAAUUCGGUUUUAUCUGAUUCGCGUUUGACCGCUACAUUUUAAAGGACUUGAAACGUUUUCAGCGUAAUUACAUUUGGUGCAUAACUGCACAGAUAUGUCAUCGUCUUCUGGUGAUGAGAGAAGUGUUACAACCAAACAAGCAACGUAUACCUUUCAAAAUCUAUGGUUUUUAUAAAUUGAUUUGAAUUAUUCCUUGUGGAAUUAAUAAUUUUUUUUAUUUGUUGAUUUCGUGCUGGUUUCAUGAAUAGCGUUAUGGUUUGCGUGGGUUUUGCGUCGGUGAUCAAUAAUCUUGGUAAUAUCAAGUUCUAUUAUUUAUUCAAGAAAUUUUUCUCUGUAGUAUACAACAAUCUGAACGCCGUAAAUUAUCGUAGUAUUUUUUAAAUGUUGUUUUAAACGAGAAUUCUAUUUUAAGCUCUUGCCGCAAAGAACAAAUCGAAUUAUGCUUCACUCGAAUUGUUGCGCGUGGAACAGAGUUUGUUUCAAAAGCACAUUUCAUGUUACGCAUAGGAAUUUCAAUAAGCUUUUUGCUAGAAAGACUUAGAUUAAUUUUUAUGGGAGGAACAAUAUACAAUAAACAGCCCGGUUUCCAACGAUUUCGAAACGCAUCUGAAAUGAUGCCUCAGGCAGUAAUCUACUAUCAACACAGUUUAAUCUGCGGUUUGAUGGUGGAGCGACAACUUUGAUUGGAAGUUUAACACUAGAACUCCAUUUUGUUGCAGAUAAUUUAGUAAUACUAAGGUAAUUAAAUUAUGGCAUGCUCAAAGGGGCAUCCGUCAACGGCAGUCUUAUUGGAAAAGUUUAUGACAAUUUUAUUCGCAAGGUAGUGCCCGCGCAAAUCUUAGUGUUUUCUUGGACCGAUGAAUAACUUUGUUGUGGCAUGUUUUAUUAUUGUGGCAAACGGGAUCAUCCCACACAUAAUAUAAAAUCCGAGACAGCUUAUCCGGCCUCAAUCAUUCAAGAUAUGUUUACACUUAAGCUAUGAUUUGGUUCCCAAAUAUAUUUGUUGAUAAAUUUGUAUGUGAUGGAUUUCAUUUCAAACAUCGAUUACCCAGUUCACUAAUUAAAAUUCAUCUAUUGCUCAGAGAAAAAAAUUCACUUAGUUAAUCAAAUCCGAAAUUAAUUUUUUUCCUUUUUUCCCACUAUUUGGAAGUUGCAUGCGGCAGCAGACUUAUGCUUCAAGAAUGUUGAAAUAUUUAGAAGAAAUUAAUAAGCAAAAUAAAAGAUUCAGCCUUUUAUUGCUCAUCAGCAGUUGCAUAUUAAAGUUUCUUUUCUCACAGAUGGAACCGCAUUGAAUUUUAUUUAGAUAUCAAGUUACAACUGUAGACAUGUUUUAAGAGUAUUUUAAUAUUUAUGAGAAGAUUAUUUAAAAUGCUUUAGUUUUUUACUGCUCGUCAGCUGUUGUACCUUAAGGUAAAUUUUCCUUCAGAUUGAACUAUACAGAAUUUUAUUUAGAUAUCAAGUUAUGGAAAUUCAAGUUUAUUUUAUGAAUGCCUUUUUAAGAUUUUAGGAUUUCUUUUCAAUCUCAAAAGUGAUGAAUAUUUAAAUUAUCUUCUUAACUUUUAUUCAAUUUCCUGCAUUUAGCUGGUGAGAAUAGACAAGCAUAUCAGACAAGGGUUUUUUAUUUGAUAUGCUAUCCAAUUCUCAUCAUCAAAUCACAAGGAAAUGUAUAGAAACUGGAGGCGAGAAUUAAAAUCAGAUCUCAGACACAGAGAAGAUAUGUGUUAGAAAUGAUAUGUGUUAAUCCAUUUACAGGUGACACCAAACAGUAAAGCUGACACAGCUGGAAUUGUGGAGGGAUUAUUAGUGCGCUCUAUCAAUAAUGCAAACUGUGAAGAGUGGACACACAGUGAUGCUCUGAAUAGUAUUAAAAAGACUGGAUCUAUGUUGAAAAUGAUCCUUUGUAGGUAAGUUAUGAUGCAGAACUACAUGUUGCACCCUGACUAUUUUUGUGAUUAAAAUUUAUUUUUUCUUAUUUGUGUAAAUUUAUCAGUUGAAACAUGGAAGAUGAAUAGAUUUGUCAUGGUUUGAAUUUUUCCAAAGUUCCUCUAAUUCAAUAACACAUUUCAUAACAUCAGCAUGCAGAUUCUCCACACUGUUCUCAAAACAUUUCCUAUAGUGCAGACAAGGAGAAUUUGUUUAACAAUCACAAGCUUCUGUAGUUGGUUCUCAUGACCUUGAUGUGUUAUUCAGAGGUGAUACUGUAAAGAGAAAUUAUAUGUAAGGUGCUUUUAGGGUUUUUAGGGUCAAAGAAAACAAAAAUUCUUCUUUUGCAAGAGAAAAAGAUACAGUAGAGGUUUUAUUUAUUCAGUCUUCUCUUUCCAUGUGAUAUUUUCUUUUUCAAAUGUAUUUUUGGUUUUUGAAUACAGACAAAAAUUUUCAGUUAAUUUUUCCCUUUGUUUCCAUUUUGAUCAUUAGCAAGAUAAAAAUUAUUGCUCAAUUAAUAUUGCUUGGUUGGAGGAAAUUGGUUUUAAAACUCAUAUUUUUGAAAUCAAAUGGGUAAGCUAUAUAUUUUAGCGACUCAAAAAUCAAAAUGAAAUUUAAUUUACAUAAUUUGUUUUUUCAAAAAUUUACAUGAGUUCAAAAGGAAGGAUUUUACUAAGGUUUUAUUUAUCAUAUGGUAAAAAAUGUAUGAUUGUAUGCGUUAUGAAGCAUCUAAGUUUAAUCCUUUUUUAAUUGUAAGCCUUAUUUUCAAUUCAAAGUGAAGAUGUGUGAAUGAUAUAUGGCUGAUUUAUGUUAAAAUAAUAUUGUGUUUUCUUACUUUUCUUAUCAUUUGAAGAGAUUACAAAUAAUUUAUUAGGGGAUCUCUGCCUUUCUUCCUAGGAUAACUUAUAUCUUCUCUUACAAAUGAAGCAAUAUUUUGUGUAAUCUAGAGUCUUGAAGAAAGUAGCUGAAGAUAUUUGAAAAUUUUAAUGAUCUUAAAAAACCAUUUGGAGAUGAUUAUUAUUGGUCAUUGUUUUUUUUUUUUGGUAAGCUGAAAGCACUCUGGCAAUUGCUAGACAAGUAUAUUUUUGACUCAAAAGUGAGAUUACAUAAUAAAUUUUUAAACAGAUGGUGUUAAAUUGUGUCUGCAUUUAAAAAGAGAUGAUCUGGAGGCACAUUAAAGUUGUUUCUGAUAUAAUUUUUAUAUUGGAUCGAAUGAUUCUGGGAUAAGUUAAACAGAUUUUGACAACCUUCUGUCUCUCGUCUGUAAUCUACUGUUUUAAUUUGAUAUAUAUUUUAUGUUUUAUCAUUUACAUCUGCUAGAAUACAUUUUUAUUUUUUUAACCUUCCUUUUUUCCUGGUGUUGAAACCAAUCUCUCAACUGUAGGUCAUGGAAAUUAAUUUUUGCUUGUUAAGAGCAGAAUAUUUGACCUUUUGCAAGUCUCUGUGAAAUUGAUGCCUAAUUGAUUGCUGAUGAGGGUUUUCCUUAUAUGGCAUGUGUUGUUUUUGUAUGUUAUUCGAGAAACAAAGUUAUUACAUUACAAGUAGGGGUGGAUAAGGAGUAAAUAUAGAAUCCAGCUAUCUGCCUGUUUUCUCUGUCUUUUCGCUGUUUAAAUCAAACAGCCAGAGUGAAUAAUUUCAGAUACAUCAUGGCUAGUGAAACAAGAGUUGUGACAAGAGCAUCAUUCAGUUUUAGCAGGUAACAGUGAAUUGUGUUUUCAUGAAGGAUGAAAUAACUGUCAUGAUACACUACGUGCCUCCAGUAAAAUUUAGUUAUUACAUUGUUUUUUAUUCAUCCUUAAGAUUUUAUGAUAUACAGGUACAUGUGGAUGGCUCUUAAUAGAGAGAAUGUUUGCCAAUAAUAAACUACAUUUUGGAAUAUUUUAGGUUCACAGCAUACAAAUGAACAUCCAUUUCCUGUGUUUUUGUUUAAAACAUGGCAGUUCAGCUGUAUGUUUGUGUCUUUAAAACACUGCUUGCUCACCCAUGUUGGAUAAAACUCUAGAUUGACUCCCAUUCGAAAGAGUUGUUUUGCAAGAUAGAUUUCAGUGUGUAAUCAUUUAUACUUGAAGUGUGCAUUGGAAAUUAACUUUACCUUCUAUAGCUAAUUUACAUAAAAUGUUUCACCUUUAUUCCUAAAUUUUGUCUUUUCUUUAUGCUUUUUGAGGUCUGUUUACUAGAAAGCUUUCCGUUUUUCAUCAAUACUUUACAUUUUCAAGUUAUCUUGUACAAGAAUUAUGCAUUUAGAGUCAAUCUUUCAUUUGUUUUUCCAUUCAAGGAUAUUGUUUACAAAAUGUGAAAUUUGCAUAAUAUAUUUAAUCUUCAUCAGAAUACAUUCAUUGCCUCCCAACGACAUUGUUAUUGUUCACUAAGAAAAUUUCUAUUUGUACAACCUUUACCAUUUGUUGUGAUCACCUAACUAGCAAAUUAUUUUUAGACUGAUCUUUAAUCUAGACAAAUUGUACAUGUGAUCCAUUACAGUUAAAAUCUGGUUAUCAGAUUGUUUAAGAUAUAUGAGGUUCACAUGAUAUAAUUUUCAAAUUUCAUGUUUGGGAAUUUCAUAUUUCAUUCAUAUGGAUUCACAACUUUGUGGCUUGUCAGACAGUGAACACUGAACAUCUUUGUAACCCAAGAGCUGUACUAUAAAUUUUUUUUAGGUAUAAAGUCUCAUUAGCUCAAAAUAUUGGUGCAAACAACAUAAUUUAAUCAAGAUGCCUCAAAAUUUAUUGAAAUACAUAUUUAGUGAUCAGAUUUGGUUUUAGGCAAUGUUGCUCUCAUAAAAGUUAUCACAAUGGUAUAGUGAAUUUUUUAAGCAGUAAGCAGACUUACUUUUUUAAAAAAGUCUGUAAUAAACUUGUACUUUGUGCUUUUUACAUGAAUGUUCAUGUAUGUCACUGCACCAAAUACAAGGCCUCUGUGCACAGUAGGGAGCAGGUUUGUCAUAAUUUGAAAAUUGUUUGAAGCUUGACACUUUGGUUAUCUGCGUGUGUUCAUAUUUUCAAUGUGAAUUUCUUGUAUUUGAUGUUAAAAACACAUGUUUUGUUAUAUUGCCUGAAAUGAUCAGCUUUUGGAAUUUUUCUGUUACAAAUGUGGAAAAAGUGGGAGGCUUACAGAUUGAAAUCAAGCAUGGCUCUUUAAAGAUUACUUUGGAACAUAAAAGUAGGCUUGUAAAUGUACUGAGAAAUGAAACAAACAAGUAUCAUUUUCUUUUUUUAUCAGUUACUGUUAUCAAUUUAACCUAAUUACAUCCGUUUUCUUUCUUAAUAACUGUUUAUGAUAUGAAUGUUUGAGGGUGUUUUUAUAAUCAAUGUGUCAAUUAAAAGUGAAAUAUCCAGCCCAAUCCUGUAGAGAAUUUAGAAUAUCUCCUGAAUUUAUCAUCAAAGGAUAUUUAGCAUGAUUUUGCAAAAAUAGUAAACAGUAGUCUCCAGAUAGUUAGGAAAUGUGCAUGCCUUUGGGUGUUUUACCAGUGACAUUUUCUGUUCCAAGAAGGGAACAGGGUUUUUAAAGCCAGACAAGGGGAAACCUUUGAGCUUCAAGGAACAGAUGAUGUCCAAGAAAAUAUUUUCAAGCAAAUUGGAGGCUUUUUUUAUCAUGCUGUGAGAUAUUUUUUGCAAUGUGUGGGGAACUAUAAAUAGCUGUUAAAAACUGACUCUUUUUUAGAGUGAUAUUAUAAUGAACAAACAAUUCUGCCCUUUUUUCUGUAAUGGCAGCAAAAUAUUCUCCCAUUUUGAAUCAACUUUUGAAGGAAGCCUUAUGGUGCAAUAUAUAUUCUGAAAAUUGGACAUAUUACUUGGAGAAUAUUUAACUUUACUUUGCAAGUGCACAUUGGAUUUGAGAAGCCUCUUAUUAUUGAUACCAGGAUGCCAUUGACUAGGGUUUCUUUUACUUCUUUUCUAUUGCUCUUAGUGAGCAAUUGCCUCUGGGUUGAAAAGAAAUCAGCUCAAUAAUAACUGACGGAGUUAUUCUUUAUGUUUGGUUAUUGAGAAGACUUCAUAAGGCUGAAAACUCAUUUGGAUAAGAAGAACAAAAUAUAACAGAAAAAAAACAAAACACAAAAAAUUGUUUGGUUGUUAUUCUGGUAUUGAGUGCUAAAGAGGAAUACCUUAUCGACAUUUUAACCCUUAACUCCCAUAAGUGACCAAGAAAGAAUUUCUCCUUACAAUAUCAAAACAAUAUCAAGCAGACAAGAGAUGAGAAUAAAGAAAAAUAUCAGUUAGGGGAUUAUAAGAUGAUCCAAUACUAAAUCCUCCAAACUAACAUCACAAGAACUGUAUAGGAGAUGGUAAGGAGAAUUAUUAAUGAGAUCUUGGGAGUUAAAGGAUUAAAGCAGGAGAGUAAUGAGAAAAUGAGAAAACUAUCAGCUAAGGUAUAUUUUUCAAUUUAACUUGAAAUUCUCAGAGUUAAAUUAUAAGCAAUUUAUAGAAGACAGUUAUGAGAAUUUAAAUUUUCAUGUAGAGAUGUAGUGGCUCUUUUGGUGGCUUGGUAGGUGGCCUUUAGAUUCGCUAGUGGCUACAGAUUUUGCUUUGUUUGAAAAUGUUCAGUAUCACUAGGAAGUUGCUAUAUUAGAGUUUUAUACCCAAAAAUUCUGCUUCCAGACUUCAUCAGUGGUUAUUUGUUCCAAUUUGUGUAGGCUUUGAAUUUGCAUCAACUUUAGUUUGCAAUUUUCAGUGAAGCUGAGGUAAAAUAAAACAACUCGUUUUAUUUGCUCUGUGUAUCACCCUGUGCACUUUCAAAAGCGUUUUUGUUUAGCUCUGUUUUCAUUCAAUACACUCCUCCAGUCACUCAUGUGAGUAGAAGAACACCACUUCCUGAUUCAAACUGCUUUCAUUGUCUUCUACCUGGGUGGCAAUUUAUAGGUUAGCAUAUCUCUUUCUUUUAUUAUCAUUUUCACAGGCCACUGAUUCUUAAACAAAAUUUAGAUAAUACAAACCUUACACAAAGUUAUUUAGGUUAGAUUUUAAAUGAAGAGUGAGUGUUAUUUACACAGUUUUUUUUUAUCUUGUGUCAGUAAUAAGAUUUCAUUUCACAGUAAGACAAUAAUUUCUAAUUAAAAUCGAUUAAUUAGGUUUCAUUAAAAUAUUUUUUGUGUUAUCAUUUUUGCACCCUGUGGUCAAUACCUUUGUUUGCUCUUCUUUCUGGGUUAACUUGGUUGUGAAUUGAAAUUGUGAGAAGAGGCUGUGUGUUAGAUACCUGCACCUCUGGAAGUUCAGGUGGUACAUUUUCAGACUAAAAUUACUCUCUGGUAAUUGCAAGAUGAUCCAAAAAAUUUGUUUUCUUAGUUUAAAAUCUCAAGUAUAAUGUAUUUGAAAGAUGUAGGCAAGGAUAGUUUUGUUUUAAAGCUCAGCGUCUUGCAAAUUUGAUGACUGCAUAUUGUGUUGGAUGCAGUUUGAUCUUGGUUUAGUAUUUGGAGGAAAACAUAUCAAUGAAAAAUCUGAAAAUUGAAUUUUUUUUUAAAACUGUAAAAUGAAACCAUUUCUCAUUGGCUAAUCAGUGGUGUGUCUAUGUUUUAAGACCCUCUUACUCUUGUAAGAACACCAUAGAUACUUGUGAGUCAGACUGCAUCAUCUCGAUUUCUCUUUAUUGCAGAUAAUUUACUCAAUCCAUUUGAUAAAUGUUUUUUUCUUACUUUUUUUCUAUUUUUUAGAAGACCUAUGCCAUCUCCAGACUCUACUGCAACAAACAACAGUUUCUUCUCAUCAUCUUCAUCAAAAUCUAAAGAUGACAUGGAAACUGGCCGAACAGCUCACACUAUCAAAGCAAACUUCAAGCCAUCGUCUUCAAAUGAAGUGUUAUCUUAUGCAACAAUGCCACGAGGAGGGGAUAAAAAGGAUUUAGACUUUCAGAGAUGGCGAAAUGUUGAAGAAAAUAAUAAUGAAAAUGCAUUUUCUUCAUACAAAGGUUUGUUUAUAAAAAAAAAUCAUCACAAAGUAGAUUGGCACUAGCUAUCUUUGUAAAGGGGAACAUAAAAAAAAAUUCAUGUCAGCUGAUAGUUAUAGAUUGCAAAAUAUGCUUUGAUGGAAAUGGUUGAAAGCUUUAACGAGUGGAAGGUUUGCAUCAGCCAAGUGUUAGAUGUGGUUACAUCAAGAAUGCAAAAGUUUUGGUUGGACUCACAAUAAGGUCAUGUUUCAACCUGUUAACCCUGUAACUCCCACAGCUGAUUCACAUGUAUCUUCUCCCUACAAUAUCCAACCACUAUCCAGCAAACAGGUAAUGAGAAUACACAAAUGUAUCAGGUAGAAAUUUUCAUCUUGAUCUUUAGUGUGCACAUAAUUUUAGCUUUUCUUGGUUUCUACUGCAGAUGAUUCAUCCAAUGCAAAUGAAUGGAAUCCUAACAUUAUAUCAGAAGUGGUGAGACCUCCGGAGCAAAUUAAGUUAGUUCAUGGUAUGGAGGGAAUACGAUCUGCAUCCAGCUCCUCAACAUCCUCAGGUACAGUGUUUUCACAGUGCGCUAACUAGUUGUCUGAAUACAUGGUUGUAGUUUGUUUAUACACCCCUCUCUUGUGAGAUUUAUGGCAGCCAAGAGCCAUGUCCUUAACCCUUUAUCUCCCAGAAGUGAUCAACAUGAAACUUCUCCCCAUAAUAUCCUUAUAUUAUCCAGCAAACAGCUAAUGAGAAUAUUCAAAGUUAUCAGGUAGAAGUUAUCUUGAUCCAACACCAAAUUCUCAUAACUAAUUUACAAGGAAAUGUGUUGCAGCUAGAGGGGAGAAUUACCAUUCAGAUCUUGGGAGUUUAAUGGUUAAGAAAGCCAAUUUCCUGUCACAGAUGAAGGUAAAGUCUGCACUCAAGCCCUGACGUUUUAUUUUUCCUAAUUUCACUUUCCUCUUUCUUCUUUUUGGCAGAACCCAGUGCCCAGAUGAGAGCACCAGUAGACUCUCGUGGAUUCACUGAUAAACCACGCCCUAUUGGUCGAGGGGGAAGAAGGCAAGUAUUUGUUGUAAAUUGUUAUCCUAGGAUAAAAAAAAAAUUUAUUGAAUCUUUUGAAGUCCUUCUGUUAACAUUGUGUAACUUCCCUCAACAACUAUAAUACAUUUGUCACAAGUGAGCUGAUAGAAUCUUGUUGUAUGUCAAAAAUAACACCAUCUUACUAAUAAGUUUGUUUUUCUCAUUUCAAGUCAGUUGGAUUAUGUACAGAGGAUUAACUUCAUGACCAAUUUUUAUUCUUCUUUGACACAAAGUUUGAAGUAUAUCCUCUCCUUGUGGUCCAAAAUUAACCUUCCAUUAUAUAUAUGUACAUAACACAUUGUUUAAACAAUUUUGACAGAUGCUUAGAUGAUAUCGCCAUAAUAAACAUUUUGCUUUUUUAUCAUACAAAUUAAAUAAAUUCCAUGCUAUGCUGGGUAAGAAUAGAAAUAGGUCACACAAGGUGUCAAAAUGUGAUAAAAAUGUUAAUCACACACUUACAUGGCUACUCUUCAUGGCAGCCACUUUUUUGUUCUUACCACAUUUUGACCUCAUCUGAGAUCUAUUAGUGAACAGACAUACAGCAGCAUGGAAUCUAUUUGUCUAACUCCCAGAUCAAAUUUGUAAUUCUCCUUACUGUCAACCAUACAAUUCAUAUAUUGUUCAGAGAAUUUAGUAUUGGAUCAACUAAUUAUCCCCAAGUUGAUAUUUUUCUCUAUUCUCAUCACUUAUCUGGUUGAUAUUGUAUUGAUAUUGUAAGGAGAAAUUCAGUCUUGGUCACUUAUGGGAGUUAAAGGGUUAAUUAUAUUUAUGUAUAGCUUUUGCAACAUCAUCAUUGUGGUCAUUGUUAUCAUUAUCAUCAUCAUCAGCUUCAAAAUAUGGUGUCUAUUAUAAAAAGAAAAAUAAUUAAUGUUACUCUUCCAUUUUAGAUCUGAUUUGCAUUAAAAAAAUUAAAAUUUCUCUUUAGCAUUUAAGGGAAUCCUCUGCAGUAUUUACUGAUUAAAUCUUUUCUUCAUAUUUGCCUCUUCUUGUCUACGAUUUCAUAGAUAUGAUGACAGAGCUGGAACUAAUCAACAGUUAGUAUCUAACGAAAAUUUCUCUUUUUGCACCCUAACUUAUGCAUGCAUUUCAAACUUACAUAACUCAAUUUUGCACUCAAAAUCCUUCAUACUUUUUUCAUUAAAACAAGAAAUAGUUUGUCUUAUUAAUAGAUGUGGAUUGUAUGAAGAUCAUUUAAAAUAUAGACAGAAUCAUAAAUUUCUCUGUGAAAGUAGUUUUAGAGCAGUUUUCAACUGAGUGUCAGAAAACAAAAAUCAGAGGUAAUGCAGUGACCAACAGAAGAUAGAUCAACAUCAACACUAGCCAAUGAGGACUCAAAGUGAAAACAAGCAAACUGCUUUAAGGGUGGGAAAAUGAUAACAGCAAAGCUAUGAUUAUUUUGUAUCUGAUUGGUUGAGUGGAUGGAACGAGUUUUCUAUCACCAAGCAAAGUAAAGUAAAACCAAAGCAAAUUCUAGAUUAAUUCUGACACUCAAUUUAAAAAAUUGCUCUAGUAUAGUACUAUGGUAUAAAAUCAAGUAAACAAACAACCUCACAGAAUAUAUACGUAAACAACUUGCCUUGUCUUAAAAUCAUUUUACUGUAAUUUGUAGAAGAGGGCUUCUUUUGUUUAAGGCAAACUGGCCUUUUUGUAGUUACAGGUUGUUCUUAGAACUACUGGUAAAUGUUUUGCUGCAAUUUUAAACCAUUUCUCCAGAUUAGCCUUCAUGUCAUGAGCCAAUAUGAAUUUAAAAAUAUAUGUAAAAUCAUUAUAACACUUCUGAUAAAUGACAAUAAAUUUUCAAAAUCCACUGAAUUGGGCAGAAUCUUCUUUAUCAAUGUUUAGUACUGUCAGUAACAAAAAUUUUUUCUGGUGUAAAUCAAUCUGAUUAAAAUAUUGUGGUAAUAUAAAAUGUAAAAAGGGAACUUUGAAAAACUAGGAGCAUAUCUUCCGCGUAAAAGUAACUGUAGUUUAAAUUCAAACUUAUUAAGCUACCGAAAUGAGUUCAUGGAAAAAUUAAAAAAUGAAUUAAUUAGAACUAAUUCUUGAUUAACCAUCAGUCACAUUAACUCAGGAAGUGCUUUUUUAAGUGCCUCAAAUACCUUUCGCAGUCCGAUGCAAUUCAUUUUUGAGAGCACAUGCAGACAGCUCACGGUGUCCCAUAAGUGUCGUAGAUAACAUGUUAACCACUUAUUUUGUCUCACAUGGUCUCUAGUUAACUUGCAUUGCCUGGUUUGUUGUGUGGAUUUUGUCUGGCAAAUCUUCAUCUUUCUUACAUCUCUGUCGCCUUCAUUAUUUUUAUCCAGCACGGGAAAACACCCUGGAUUAGUGUCAGCAGCUGAACAACUGUACGCCUACUCUUCCCCUAACCCAACGGCAGUCAACUGAUAACAAGUCAGGGUUAAUGUUGGGUUAAGGGAGGGGUAGGUACGCAGUUGCUCUGAUACAGACAUAGAUCCAAAACCAUCAGCUUCACGGGCCAGUCCCUCUCAUGGUUUUGAUUUUGCUUCCUCCAUUUUAGAUUAACAUCAGGGUCUAUUGGCUCAGAGGACGAGUUUAUGAUGGCUAAUGGCGAUGCAAGUAGUUCUGAUUCAGCUCCCUCAAUGACAAGACCUGCCAUGCAGCAGUUUAAAAAACAAAAGGAACACGCAGCUGUGGAAGGUAAAUACUGACCUGAAGAAAGAGCAUAAUUUUUUUGACAUUUUUCGAGCGAGCGGAGCGACACGUGCGAGGGCUAGGACGCGCAUGAGGGAGGAGUGCGAAACUCGCGUGGCCCGCCUCGCGCGGGAAAUUUGUCCAGUGUACUGUCGCUGGUGUAUUUGUGGAUUUAUGCAAUUAUCUUUAAGGCCUUAAAAGUUGCUCAUAUAAGUUUUGCUUGAACAUGUACUUUGUAUUCCAGCCUCAAGAGACCCGAAACCAAUCAAGGUAGCACCACCAACCCGUAUGAAGCCCCCCAGAAAAUACAGUGAAGAACACACACAGUCAGAGACGGGUAACCCCCCGCCAGGACCGCAUCGACCAGUAAGUCUCCAGAAACGUUUGCUUUGAUCACUGAUGAAGCUCAUCGGGAACAGUUGAUGCUCCACUGAGGAGGGAACAUACCGCAAGUGCUGUGACGAGCUGCACCCCACAACCUUGUUUAAUGGGCUUCGUUUAUUUUGCGUUUUUUUUUCAGGCGAGCGAAGGCGAAUGCGAGGCUUGUGCGAGGAAAGUGCGCGAGACGUGCGUGUUUCUCGCGUCCUUCUUCUCGCACGUGACUCACUUUUCGCGAUCUCUCCACACUUCCCUCGCAGUUGCCUCCGAUUAUUGUUUUGGCGACGGCAACUAAUUGGUUUUGAUAUAUUAUUGGUUUAUCAUCUGUUUUGUUUCAUAGUCAAUCACAAGGGGUGGAAAGUGGUACAAGGAAAUGUUCAAGGAAAUGCAUUCAAGUGCAGGAAGUAAGUGUUGUCUUCUCAGUAAGAAUUUAAAACCAAAUUUUGCAGCACAAUACAUACGGGGAUUCCAUUCACUAAUUUCUAGUCUGAGAGCAGGUCUUCAUCAAUAGCGCUUUUGCACGAUAUCCAUAGGAUAAAAAACUGUUGUUCGUAAGUUUAUGUUAAAAUCUUCAUCUCUCCUAAACCAGCUUCUUCAAAUUUAUCUGGUCUACUCGCAAGUGACGUUGCCAAGGGAACUGUCAGGGAACACGAAGGUGGCUCUGGUUCCUCGACUCCACCCAGGAGUGCAUCUCCGUCUCCGGAUCAUAGAGACAAUGAUGUUUUUCUCAGAAAAUCAGAUUACGUACACGAAGAACCAGUCAGAAAUAGUUACACCAGCAGUGUUUCAUCACAACCUGAACCAGCGUGGUCCAGUAAUGACAUUGACAGGAGGGCUUCGUGGCAGCCGGGUGGAGAACGAAGAUCUUCUCGACCAAGUACUGGUCAUGUGCCGGCGUGGUACAAAGACAUGCAGAAGGGAGUCGAAGUUCCAGUUCAAACGAUUGAAGAACCGGAGUCUUACAUUGUUCAAAAGAGGCCGUCAUAUGGUUAGUAUCCUCUGUUCAUCUUUCUGUCUCCUCUAGACACUUUUAACUUUUGCAGUACGCCUGUCACAUUUCAACCAAGACAAGUUGCUGGUUAUUAAUCGAGUUGAUGACGAAAAUUGGCCACCGUGCAAAGUUUUUAACGCUGAUGCUUCGCUUUGACAAAGGUCUACCGCUUAAAACUGCCAUUUUGUGGUUGGCUCUUAAAAAUCUCUGGCAAACACUUCCUUAGUAAAUAGUUUACGGGACCAGUAUGGCGCACAGCCAAUCAGGGAAGAGUAUUUUGCACCAGGUGGUACGAAUGAGCCAAUCAUAUGGCCGGAUUGGCAUCCAUAUGACAGUAUGAUCCUUUGCGCGUGACUGCGUAACGCUUAGGCGUGAUCUUAAUGCCUACCCAACCAUAUGCUUGGUUCAUUCGCGUCACGUGGUACACAAUACCCUUCACUGAUUGGCUGUGUACCUAACUGUCCUCGUAUACUACUCUAACGUGCGUGGUGUAUAAUUAAUGCGAAAUUAUUAUUGUUUUCUCUCAUUGUGGUGACAGCGAGUGUCGGGGAAGAAAGAAGAUUCCAAGACCCUGUGCCUGCGGCGCCCGCCUCAGUGAAUAUCUCGUCCUCUCCUCGUACAAGUUACCUUGAUCAGCGGAGAUCUCCAGCGUCUGUGACCGUUCAAAUGGAAGAAAAGAACCAACCUCCCAGCGCGUCCAGCCUGUAUGAGAGCCGCUUCCGGGGAAGAACGGUAACUUGAUUUGUUUUGUUUUCAGGCGAACGUAAGCGCGAGGUGGGCACGAAGUUUGAGUCACGCAGGAUUUUUUUCACGCUCCUCCCGUUUGCAGGCUAGUGUUUGAGCUUUUCAAUGGAAGACUGUUUUACAGUUUUAUUUUCGCGGUCAAGCGUGAGCAAAAAUAUUUAAUGGAUUAUAAAACCAGAUAUUCUCAAGUUUUACUUUUACUCUCAAGGUCUCUUCCCGGUUGCCACAAAAUUCUUAUGAUGUUAGUUUGGAGAAUCUGUCAUUGGGUUAACUAAUCCCUGAUAGCUAGUUUGCCUUAUUCUCGUUACUUUUCUGCUUGAUAAUGUAAUGAUAUUGUACGGAGAAGGUCUGUUUUGGUCACUCAUGGAAGUUAAAGGAUUGAACUCCAGAUCAGUUACGCUUGGGUUCCCAAUAACAAUACAGGAUUCUCGUAAUACCUUAACAUCAGGUUGCAUAUUCUCCAAACUGUUCUUUAUGCAUUUCCCAUGGUACUGACAAGGAGGAAAAGUCGAGCAUUAAGAGCUUCUUAGAUUUGCGAUCAGUUUCUUUACUCUCAUCACCUCUGAUUAAAAUGUAAGUUUGAUUUAGGGUUAAUACUGAAAGGAGUAGAUGGAUGCUAGUCACUCUAAAGAGUUCAACUUUUAAUCUUGGUCACUUUGGGAGCCAGCUUUUAUCAUAAUGAUUCCUAUUUGUGGUGGUUUUGCCCAGGUUCCGUCAAGAACUGCAUCGGAAGAGCUACAAGUCAGGCAGCAGCCUCCUUCCGACGAAGAAGUCUUUAGAAGAAGAGAGGAAGAUGCAGCGCGCAGGAGGAGGGAGGAAGAGGAACGGAGGCGAAGAGAAGAGGAAGAAUUCAGACGGAGACAGGAAGAGGAGGAAAGGUUUAGAAGGAAGGAAGAAGAAGAACGGCUGAGAAGAGAGUACGAGGCAGAGGUGGCGAGGAAGCGAAAAGAGGAGGAGGAGGCUGCCAGGAGGGCAGCAAGUAAACCUCAGUUCUUGGCGAGGGCUCUGUACAGCUUCCAGGGGCAAACUGAUAAGUAAGUCCACGUGAAAAUUGAAGGAGACAGGUUAUGAUUUAUUGCCUGUAAACCAUGUGACCCCCACCCCCUCCCCCCCAAAAAAAAUCUUCGAACCCCUCCCCACACAUUUAGUCCUUAACGCAUUAAAGUUUUAUGCACUCUUGUAGGAGACAUAGUGACGGUUCUCGUUUUUGAAAAAAAAGUUAUGUGUCUUAUUCCGUGGCUUUUUCAGUAAUGUGCAUUUAUGGAGACCCUGAAAGUUUUAAUUGUUUUUUUUUUUUUUAUCUAUUAGGGAACUUUCGUUUAGAAAAGGUGACAUAAUCAACGUGCGCAGACAAGUGGACAAGAACUGGAUUGACGGAGAAUUAAAUGGCAGGCGGGGAAUCUUCCCUCAAAAUUAUGUGGAGGUAGAUAACUUUUGUCUCUUUCUCGCCAAAGCUAAAACACGUUUCAAAGGUGUUUUUGUUACCUUGACGCACUCGAGUCGAGACUGUUAUACAUUUCCUUCGGUACCCUUAUUCUCGUGAUCUUACUGAAUGAUUGAUCAUGUUUUCUCGGUAUGAAUGUCGCUUCGGAGAGUUAGGCAGUUUUUUGCUUUUUGAUUUUAGAUCAGACCCGUCGAAGAGGAAGAAGACGAACCACAACCAGAACCCGAACCACAACCAGUCCCAGUCCCUCAGAAGCAAAUUCCGCGCGUCCAAGUUGUACAACAACGCGCGCAGCCGCAACAGCAUCAGCCUCCAACUCACGCUCAACCGCAGACCCAGGCUCAACCGCGGCCGCCUAGUCAGCAAGUGACGCAGUCUGUGACUGUAGAAGGGGAGGGUCGGCUGAGGUACACCUUUAAAGCAGAGAGUAUGAGAGAACUUCCUUGUAGUAAGGUAUUGAAUUAAAUUUCUUUAUAUUAAAUUUUUUCUUCCCAGUCAAGUAAUUUCCAAACGAGUGUCUAAGGGAAAUCCGGAAUUACUUCGGUUUUGCUUUACUUCGGUUCCUGAUUGGCUAAUAAAAUCACGCCACCCCUUAACCAAUGAGAUUCAAAAAACCAACCGCGUCUUGGUCACUCACAUUUUCCCGCGUUUUGUGGAGUUUGCUUGUUUUAACCGUGAGUUCUCAUUGGCUCUUUUUUGACCGCAAUCAAUCGAAACGAUUUUUUAUCAAUCGAAACGAGUUUUAUCAUUUUAUUUCUUUUCCGCAUUUGGUCUAAGUGGACUGACUAGACAAUAUGUUGUCUUCCAGGGAGAUGUCAUAGCUUUAGUGAGGAAAGUAGACGCCAACUGGUACGAAGGAAGAAUUGGUGAUAGAAAAGGCAUAGUACCAUCAAGUUACUUAGACGUUUUUAGCGAACCGGAAGUUAAAGGUAUGUUUGUUCUUGAAGAGGCAGCUCACUAUGUCAAAUUUUUUUGUUUUAAGAAGUUGGGACAGGUUACUAUACAUUUUCGUUUGAAUAAAAUACGGCUGCAAGGUGUUUGGUGGAAAUCGGAUACAGCAAUGAAUAACGUCGUGAGGGAAGCACUUACCAAAAUUCGUCAAGCCACAUACAAUUGGUUUUUGGAGCAACAGUCAGUUGGCUGUUGAAUUUAAUCGGGAACUGCUUUGGUUUUGCUUUUCUUCGUUCUAUGAUUGGUCAAAAAAAAUCACGCCACUUUAUCAACCAAUCAAAUUUAAAACUACUCUGGUGUUUCUUUAUUGUGAUUGGUGGUUCAGAUUUUUUUGGUUUGUAUUUUACGACACUCAAUGGACAUGCGCUCUAUUUAAACCUGUUUGGUUGAAAAAGCAUCACGUCCGCUCUGAUCGGUAAAGCUGUCGUUGCGUACUUCAGUAUUUGUGUUUGGAAAGUUAGUCAAAAUUUAAGACAACCCUAAAGAUCGUUUGGGAUUGUUUAUCAUUAAAAUGAGCUGGCAGUUAAUCUUUUAAUCAUGACAGACCGGACGUUUUGUUUGUGGUAUUCACGACUGCUUUCUUUCAUUUUCCUGCAGUCAUUCGUCAAGAACAAGUGCAACCAGUUCAGUCAGUCCGUGUGGAGCAGGUAGUAAAAUUUUUUUCAUGUCGACUUGUAAAUUCUCCUUGCUGGUUUCAAUAGCUGUCUAUGAAUUUUAGUUGUGAGAAUUUUUACGUCCGUGAGGACGCGAUUUCUGAGGAAGUUUGUCACCAGUAAGUUGUUUUUAAAUGUUAGGAACCGGAUUUUGGAAGACCAGAACCUAGUUAUGAUCACAGACAGCAGCAGUCCAGAAGGUAAGGGUCGGAAAUCUUCCAAUUCAUGACUUAUUUAUGGUGACGGAGAAUACCAUGUUGAGGUUUCUUUUUUAUUUGGUUCCAGUUCCUCGGGGGCUAUGUAUCCAAACCAGGCUUCUCCUCCCAAACACACGCUAGUAAAGUACAUCGAGGAGCCAGCGGAGCCUCGUUUUAGUUCUGGUGGUGUGGUCGCGCAUGCAAUAAUUGAUGAGCCAAUCACAAUAGGACACGAGCAAGGAGAGAGGUAUGGUAAUACCGCCGCUGUUACUGCCUAUAGGUCAGACUUCGACACAUGUAUGUUGUAAUACAGCGCCCUGAAGCUGGUGAAGUGAUUGAAAGAGCGCGUUCCAAGAUAAUUAUUGCGGUUUACUCUGUUUCACUGUUUUUCAGGUAUCGUGCUUUGUACAAUUACGAACCCAUAAACGAAGACGAGCUUCGACUUGAAGAAGGUGACGAAGUAGUCGUUCUGGAAAAGUGCGAUGACGGAUGGUUUGUAGGCACAUCUUCAAGGACGCAUUCAUUUGGAACCUUUCCUGGCAACUACGUUGAGAAAGUCCAUUAGUGGUGAGUUAUGCUAAUGUUUGAUGGAACUUUCGGAAAAUUCUGGUAGCUACAUUUCCUCACAUUUUUCAUGUGCUUCGGUCACCAUUGCCUGUGUUUAAACUUCCAGGCGACGGCCAUUUUAGUGGUACACGGUUGAUCUAUCGGGCGCAGCCAACCAGAGAUUAGGAUUUCCUUUGCAAAUUAGGCACGAGCCAGUUACAUGACCGGAUUAGCAUCCAAGAUGGCAACUCAAUUUGUCACGCAAUCUUGUCACCUUUACCAUUCUUUGUCACCGUUCUCGUUGUCAUGUGUUUCGCGCCCGUUGACUCGUAAUUUCCUAUUCUUAUUAGUGUUUCCUUUUAGUGGUUUCUCUUUUUUCGCCGUUUACAAUGUUGAAUCGUUUACGUGCUCUUUCCUCUGGUUCAUGUUUACACGGGCUACAUUUUUAAGGCGUUAUCUACUGGUUACGGUUUUCCCACAGCGCGUCUUGUCGCCCUCUAAUCUCAUUUGAAUAUUUUUUUUUCAACCUUUUAUUUUCGUUAAAUAAUCGCUCUCCUUCCUCUGGGGGUGACGACCCUGGCAUUAAACAAAUAAAGCUAUUCGUUUUGUUUUUAGAGGGAUAAGAUCAGCGUCGAAACAGUGAUGCCCUACCCUCUCUAAUGGGAGCUAUGGCAGAGCUGUUUAUCAAGACCACGCCCAUGCUAUACAACGCCCUAUAGCUAUCCGUCCGAGCUGAAAAGAUGACACUUUUAUUGAUCAUGGUACUUUGAAGUUUAUAUGGAUUUUAUAUAUAUUUUGAGAAUAAGUUGCUACAAGAUGGGUUUAUCUUCUAGUUCCGUUUUUGUCAUGAGAACUGUUUUCUAUCCCACAUUUGACAACUUUUGUACAGAGCUUUUAUCACCAAAUUAACAAGAAGUGUAACUACCUCCAAAAGUAUCGCAACAUGAGUUUGUCAGACGUUGCACGUUUGCGACACUCAAGUCCUGUUUUUUUUUUAUUUUGUUGCUCUUAAUUCCAUAGAAAAUGAGGCUAUUUUAAUCACACUUCUUAGAUACACAGAAGGAAUUUGUAUUUAGGUAUUAUUAUCAAUUAGGUAUGAUAAGAAAAACAAUGGUUUUUUUUUAUAACACUUUAGAAUUAACCCUUUUAAUUCCCAUGAGUGACCAAGACAGAAUUUCUCCUUACAAUAUCAAUACAAUAUCAACCAGACAAGUGAUGAGAAUAAAGAAAAAUAUAAAUUUGGGGAUAAUUGGUUGAUCCAAUACUAAAUUCUCUGAACUAACAUUAUAGGAAUUGUUUGGUUGACAUUAAGGAGAAUUAGAUGUUAAAGGGUUAAUGACGGUAUCCGAGUGACUACGCACCUACCCCUCCCCUAAACCAACAAAAGUCAACUGAUACCGGGAGGGGUAGGUAUGCAGUCGCUUAGAUACUGACAUUGAUCCAAGCCUUUUUAUCAACUUUCGAUUGACCAGGAAAUGGAGAGGAGCUUGAUUUUUUAAAAUUAUUUUCUCUCAUCUGUACUUCUUUCCUUAGUGUAGAUAUUGCAAAGUUUCCAAAAUAGCGACCCCUGUUACUUGCUUUAGAUAGUUAGGCUGACCAAUGCACACACUCUUUCCCCAAAACUUUGUCUUCCAAUGGUGAGCAAAGGCCUAGGAACAAGAUCUUUUGUGACGUUGUUUUCAUGUCAGAGUUAUGGAGUAGAAUUACAGGGGAAAGCCAUAAAGAAUUACAUGAUGCAAGUAAUUAGUGAGUUGUGAAAAAGAAUUUUCCAGUGUUUGAGUCCUUGCUGAGGAAAGUUCUUUUUUAGACGACUCAAACUAACCCCUUACUCUGCAAUAUUUAGAAUUGGAAAGGAAAUAAUGUAGAACUCAGCAUCUAAAUCUCAUUUAAUCCUGUAACCACUAAGAUUAAUAAGCAGCUAAUUUCUUUAAACAUUAUCACCCUUGAUUCAGACAUUAGGGUCAUGAUAAUAAAGGAAAUGAUCGCUCUCUCAGGAAGCUCUUGAUUGUUAAACAAUUCUCGUGCCAACUAAAUGUGUAGAGAACAGUAUAGAGAACUUGCAUACUGAUGUCAGUGUGUGUAGGGUUAAUUUCGAUGCGGUCUGAUUUCAACCUGCUAUAUUGUUUACAGUACAGUGGAUCUUUAAUAAUGAAAAGUAUUGCUGCAAGUCACUGCAUGCGAUCAAUUUUAACAACAAUAACUCUGCAUCACUUUUAGGAAAUAAAAGUCUGAUUUUAGAAAAUAUAUUGUCAUUCAGUAUUCAUUGCAGCCCAACAAAGAUGCGCCAACAUCUUUAAUUUGUUCAGUGUUUAGUUUUUAUAGUCACACCUUAUAAAAAGCAGAACAAAUCUAUAUCCUGACUCGUUCCCGUAUACAACAUUACCCAAAACACUUUGCGCUUUCGCAUCCGGACUCGUCCCAGUUGCCUUUUGUAGCACACGGCACGUCAGUUCAAGAGAUUGAAAAGAAAGGGUUGAUACGAAGGAGA